AUGAUAAACCGCGCUCAACCUAAGGCGGAGCCAGGUCACGACAAAAUCCGCGAUGCGGUCCGUGCAUGGUCGUCGUCCCUGGACAAUCAGGACGUAGUGUCAGCGCUGAUCAUCAACGAAUACCGGGAGCAGGGCGGUACCGCCAUCAGCUUCCCAGAAGACAUCAGCAGGGCGCGCCAGAAUUUUUUUCGCUUUCUGGAUAACCGCUUCGACUCCGAUCAGUACCGCGAGAACGUUAGAGAACUGACCCCGGCAAUCAUGGCUGUUCUUCCUGUUGAGUUUCGUACACGCCUGGCGCCGCAGAACGACACCAUGUCGCUGAUCGCAUCUGCCAUGAAGGAAUGUUCAGAAGCAAAGCAAGCCGUUCUCCUGAACGCGCCUGAGCACCAGAAAAUGAAGGAGGUAAGCGAGGGCAUAGCGUCAUUGUUUCGCCUCAUGCCGGAGCAGGUAGGACCGCUGAUGACGAUGGUUACAUCGAUGCUGGGGGUUAUAUGA